AUGGAGUGUUUAAGUGCUGGCGUCAAGCUUAAACCGAGGUGGUACGGAUACUGUGCCUGCUUUGUACCUACUAAGGCAGACUUUCUGACGUCCUGGCUUACCUACACAGGCUUGUUCCUGUGGCGCCCAAGCGCUAGCCGCGCCACGCUCAGCCCUUUCAAACUGAGCCCGUCUCUUCCCACUGACAUCCCUCAAUUGCCGAAAACUCAACCCUGCGACAAGCUUCUCGAAGUCGUCGGUUACCAAAAUCCAAGAUGGCUGCGGUAUGCGCUCCUCUUCCCCGUCAUGACCGUCUCCGAGAGCAAGGAGCUCAAGGGCCUCAACCUCAUCGCGGCUCACUCCCACAUCCGCGGCCUGGGCGUUGAUGGCACGACACUGGAGCCCAGAGCGGCAUCUCAGGGGUUGGUUGGACAGGAGAAGGCCAGAAAAGCUGCUGCCGUGAUCCUGCAGAUGAUCAAGGAGAGCAAGAUUGCCGGAAGAGCUGUGCUGAUCGCCGGCCCCCCAAGCACUGGAAAAACCGCCAUCGCCAUGGGAAUGGCUCAGUCCCUCGGCCCCGAUGUUCCCUUCACUUCCCUCGCCUCAUCCGAAAUCUUCUCCCUCGAAAUGUCAAAGACCGAAGCUCUCACACAAGCAUUCCGCAAGUCGAUCGGUGUUCGUAUCAAGGAGGAGAGCGAGAUUAUGGAGGGCGAGGUCGUCGAAAUCCAGAUCGACCGAAGCGUUACAGGCGGCGCCAAGCAGGGAAAGCUGACGAUCAAGACGACCGACAUGGAAGCUGUCUACGACAUGGGCGCCAAGAUGAUUGAUGCCAUGACCAAGGAGCGUGUCAUGGCCGGUGACAUCAUUUCCAUCGACAAGUCUUCGGGCAAGAUUACAAAGCUUGGCCGGUCAUAUGCUCGCUCGCGCGACUACGAUGCCAUGGGCGUCGACACUAAGUUCCUGCAGUGCCCAGACGGUGAGCUGCAAAAGCGCAAGGAGGUUGUCCACACCGUCACUCUUCACGAGAUUGAUGUUAUCAACUCAAGAACGCAGGGCUUCUUGGCUCUGUUCUCUGGAGACACUGGUGAGAUCCGCAGCGAGAUCAGGGACCAAAUCAACACCAAGGUCGGCGAGUGGAAGGAGGAGGGCAAGGCCGAGAUUGUUCCCGGCGUGUUGUUCAUCGACGAGGUUCACAUGCUCGAUAUUGAGUGCUUCUCAUACAUCAACCGCGCCCUGGAAGACGAUCUCGCACCCAUUGUCAUCAUGGCCAGCAACAGAGGCAAUUCCCGCAUCCGUGGAACCGACUACCGCAGCCCCCAUGGUCUGCCCCUCGAUUUCCUGGACCGUGUCGUCAUCAUCCACACAAACACCUACAGCCCUGAGGAGAUCAAGCAGAUCAUCACCAUCAGAGCUCAAGAAGAGGAGGUUGAUGUCUCAGCCGACGCUCUGGCGCUGCUCACGAAGAUUGGCCAGGAAGCGGGCCUGCGUUACGCCAGCAACCUCAUCACCACCUCACAGUUGAUUUGCGCCAAGCGCAGGGCGAAGCAGGUCGAGAUUGCCGACGUUCAGAGAAGCUUCUCGCUCUUCUACGACCCGUCUCGCAGCGUCAAGUUCGUGUCCGAGUCGGAGAAGCGCUUGAUUGGCAACGACGGUGCCGUCGACUUUACCGUCACUAAUGGCCAUGGCGAUGCGAUGGAGUUGAGUUAA